AUGGGGGCUUGCGCUUCCACGUCGGAGUUCCAUGAACAGGACGCGGCGGCGCGGCAUCGCGACACGGGCGGCGGCGAGACGUCAACGUCGCCCUUUGAAUCAGUGCCGCCCAUAUUGAAGGACCGCUCCGCCCUUGGCGAUUCUGAGGACAGUAGCAGGGUCGGUAGUUUGACAAUGACCCGGCUGCGCUCCACAACACGUGCGGCGCUGCACCUGGAGUUUUUGACAGAGGUCCACAGCCUGCAGCAGCAGCUGGCGGUUGUGAAUGACUACCCUUUGCUUGGGCUGCAGGAAGCGGCCGAGCUUCUCGCCACCCAACUCGGAGCCGACCUUGUCGCCAUCUGGGUGUUGGCGAAGGACGACCCCGGCUGCUCGGUGCUCAUGGCCACGCACGGGCGGGGCGCGGCGGUGCUGGAGCGGCGCAUCGUCACGCACGCGCCGCAGGGCGCGCGGCAGCUGGGGGCGUCGUGCGAGCUGUCCAUACCGGACGCCACCCUGGACCAGUCGGGCGCAAUUCUGGAGCCUGUGGAGCUUUGGCAGGGCGCUCCGGCGCUGAGCAGCUUCGUCCAGGUGCCGAUCGGCACCACGGCGGCGCCGCUGGGCGUGCUGCUGCUGGCCAAGCAGGAGGCGGGGUCGUUCGACAGCCACUGGUGGCAGGUGCGGCUGCAGCUGGCGUCCACGGGGCUGCUGCCGCACGUGCGGCACGCGCAGGUCGACUGGAUGGCGCAGCUGCUGAAGGCCAUGGAUGCGGUGGAGGACCCGGUGGCGCUCAUAGCCAUCCUGCUGAGGGUGAAGGGGGGCAGCAGGGGCGGGAGCGCGAGCCGUCACAUGCUCAAGGCCUGCAACCUGCGCACCACCGCGCGCCUCGCGCUGCUCAACCACGCGCGGCCCGGCAAGGCGCUGCUCUUCGAGGCCCCGAACGACGCCGCGACGGCGCCGCCGCCAGGCGGGAGCUCCCACGACAACCGCCUCGCGCUGCCCGGCGACGCGACCGCCGACGUGGUGGCGAGCCGCAUGGAGCUGCCCAACACGCUGCUGGCGUCGGCGGUGGGGGCGCAGCAGGCGCGGUUCGUGGCCGACAUUGGAAAAUACAUGUCGGCAUGCGGCGCUCCCGCGCGCGACAUCUUCACGCGCUCCUCGCGGCUGGUGUCGUCGGUGGUGGUGGUGCCGCUGGUCGCCGGCGACGAGCCGCCGCUGGGCGGCCUCUACUUCGCCCUCGACACCCCCUGCGAAUUCGUCAACAUCCAGGACACGCUGCUGGGCUUCAUUCAUGGGGUGACGCCCAUGCUGUACAACAAGCUGCGUCACCAGGUGGACAGCCUGGCAGGCAUGGUCACCAAGACCCAAAAGUCAGGGCCCCUGUCAGUGUCUUUCAGCGUUGAAGCACCGCAGCCCCAAAAGCUGCGGCCGCAGGCCAUGCAGGAGAGCAGGUCCGGGCGCAUGCCGCGCAUUGCCAGCGGCGUCAAGGUCAACACUGAGGCUAUGCUUCAGGUUCUGCAGCAGGACAUCCGGGCGAAGGGCCGCCACAGCAGCCAGACCGCGCCGGAGCUCACAGUCCGGGAGUGCCUCGGCCGCGGAGGGUUUGGCAUCGUGUACAGGGGCUGGUGGCACAAGGUCCCGGUGGCGGCCAAGGCAAGCGCAGUGAUGCCUGCUCGGAACAACGAGCGCGAGGCGAUGCAGGACGCGGUGGAGAUGGCGGUGCUGUCCAGUGUGCAGCACCCCAACAUCGUCACCGUCUACUCCUGCCUCACAGACAUGGUCGAGACCGCAGAGACGAGCGCGAGCCAGAGCACCAGCGCCAGCGGUGAGAUGCGAACCAAGUACCGGCGGCUGCGCGCUGACGAGGACCCUGAGGGGGAGCUGGCCACCUACAACAUCGUAGUCAUGGAGUACUGCGACAAGGGCACCCUCAGGGAUGCGGUCAAGGCGCGCGUGUUCCACCAGGCCCUGCCCAACGGCGCCAUCGGCGUGCGGCUGGCGGCGGCGGUGGAGGUGCUGCUUGACGUGGCUUACGCGCUGCAGUACCUCCACUCGAUGCAGCUGGUGCACGGGGACAUCAAGCUGCUGCUGCUGCUGCAGCUGCUGGUGCUGGUGGUGCUUGUGUUGCAUCGACAGCAGCAGCGACAGCGUCGCUGGCCGGCUCACGUGCAGCUGCAGAUGGAGAACAUCCUGCUCAAAAGCGACCACGGCCGCAGCCUGGGCUUCAUUCCGAAGCUGGCGGACUUUGGGCUGACCAAGAUCCUGAACGAGGCCGACCACACCGUCAACCUCACCGGCGCCGGCACCGUGACGCACCUGGCGCCAGAGAUGUUCAAGGCCGGCAGCAAGGUCACCAAGGCGGUGGACAGCUAUGCCUUCGGCAUCCUCAUGUGGGAGACGUACACCAGCAAGCGCGCUUACACCGGCCUGCACAAGGAGGCCGUCAUAGAGCGCGUCGCCAAGAUGGACAUGCGGCCCCGCUUCCCCAGCGCCUCCCCGCCGGCCUACGUGCAGCUCGCCGAGGCCUGCUGGGCCACCGCCCAGGCCAGCCGCCCCGACUUCACACAAAUCACGGACAGACUGGAGGCGCUGCUGGCUGAGCUGGAGCCGCCGGACGCGUCGGCCGGCGGCGGCGGGGCCGGGGGCGGGCCCGGGGGCGGGGGCGGCGCCUGA